UAUCAUUUAUAAUUAAAUUAAUUUAUAUUAAUUUUUAUUAAAAUAAUGUCUUUGAAAAAAAAAAGAACAACUUUAGCAGAUAAAAUAAAUUCAUUAGUUAUUCCAACACCAAUAAAUUUUGAUUCUGAUGAUGAGGCUGAAGAAACAAAAGCAAAGGUAGUUGAUUAUGAUGAAAGUGAUAAUUCAGAUAAUAAUAUUCAAGUUUCAGAGAUACGUAAACAAAAUGCUUAUUUCUUGGAUCAAAUAGAUAAAAGAUAUAAGGGUAAGAAAGUUUCAAGAAAAGACAUAUUUAAGGAUAAUGAAAAUUUUAAUAUACAAAAUAUAUCAGAAAAUGAAAAUAUAAAUAGCAUAGAAGAAGAAAGUGAUAAUGAAACAAAUGAUAGUAAUAAUGAAGAAAAUAUUGAAGAUGAUGAUAGUAAUAAUGAAGAAAAUAUUGAAGAUGAUGAUAGUAAUAAUGAAGAAGAUAAUGAUAAUAAAUUUAAAUAUCAUGGCGAUAGUAUGAAUGUCACGUGCUCUCACAUAUUCUAAAUCAAAAUAAUUAAAUUUAAUAUAUAAACAAUAUCGAAAAUAAAUAUGGAAACCGAAUUAGAAAAAAGUAACUGUGUUAGAAAUCAAUUACAACUUUGGGAAAAUUUAUUAGAAGUUAGAAUAAAAUUACAAAAGUGUUUAAUUACUAGUAAUCAAAUGCCUCAGUAUGAUAUUUAUAACAAUUUUAAAACAAAUACAGAAUAUAUGAAAACAACUGAUGAAGUGAAAAAUAAAUUGAAAACAUUAUUAAAUAAUAUGUUGCAAUUGCAAAGUUUUCUUUUAAAACAAUAUCCUGAAACAAAACAUUUAUCUAAAUAUAAUAAAAAAAGAAAAGCUGAGGAAAGCAAAGAUAAAGUAGCAAAUAUAAGGAACCCAAUGGAUGAAGAAAUUCCUUCAGAUACAGAAGAUGAAAAUGAAAAUAAAGAUGAAAAAAAAUAUAGAAAUUCAAAUAUAGAAGAUGAAAAUGAAAAUAUAAAUAAAGAAAUUCUUUCAGAUAUAGAAAAUGAAAAUGAAAAAAACACAAUUUUAGAUGAAGAUAUAAAUAAUUUUAAUAACAAUAUAUUUAAAAAGAAAUUAAAACUUUGCAAUUAUGAAAAAAUAUUAAAUAAUAAUCAUAAAUCUUAUAUAAAUUACAGAAAUUCUAUUAUUCAAAAGUGGAAUGAAAAGACAAAGAUAGCUAGUGGUAAAUUAAAUAAAAAUACAAGUGAAUCAACAUUAAAACAAAUUGAAUUUGCUUUAAAUGACAAACAGAAAUUGCGUAAUAGAAGUCGAUUAAAACGGUCAGAAUAUAAAAUUAUUGGUAAAGCAGAAUUAACAGAAGAUAAUGAUGUUAGAAAACUUCAGGAAUAUGAUUCUGAAAUUUAUGAUGAUGAUGAUUUUUAUCAUCAACUUUUGAGAGAUUUAAUUGAAUAUAAAUCAUCUGAUAUUACUGAUCCAGUACAACUUAGUAAACAAUGGAUAAAAUUACAAAAUAUGAGGCAUAAAAUGAAAAGAAAAAUAGAUACAAGAGCUACUAAAGGUAGAAGAAUACGAUAUAAUGUACAUAAUAAAUUAAUAAACUUUAUGGCUCCUAUCACAAUAAAUGAUAUGUGGACAGAUCAUGCAAAGAAUGAACUAUAUAAUUCUUUAUUUGGUAAAAUUAAAUUACCAGAUGAAAAAGUUGGAUGCUAAGUUUAAAACAAUUAAUAAAGUGUUAAUUUUGUAUAUUUUAUUAAAAAAUAUUUUAUAAGGUUUGUAGCAAUUUGAUAAUGAAAUGAAAAAAUAUUAUUUAAUAAAAUAAAUAAUA